UACACUUACAUUAUCCUGCAUACAUAAAAUGGGUUCCAUUAAUAAUCUUACUGAAAAAAAUACUUCUGAACCCUCAAACACACUAGAUCCUGAAGAAUUUAGAAGGCAAGGCCACCUGAUGAUUGAUUUUCUUGCUGAUUACUAUCAUAACAUUGAGAAUUUUCCUGUCAGGAGCCAGGUUCCACCCGGUUAUCUUCGCGACAUCUUGCCAGAUGCGGCUCCUUACAAUCCGGAGCCCAUCGAAACUAUUCUUAAAGAUGUACAAACCAAUAUAAUCCCUGGCAUCACACAUUGGCAAAGUCCCAACUUCUUUGCUUACUUUCCCUCUAGUGGAAGUACUGCUGGUUUUCUUGGAGAAAUGCUGAGUACUGGUUUUAAUAUUGUUGGCUUUAAUUGGAUCUCUUCACCGUCCGCCACGGAGCUCGAAAACAUCGUCAUGGACUGGCUUGGAAAAUUGCUUCAACUUCCCAAGUCCUUCCUUUUCUCGGGUGGAGGCGGCGGUGUUCUGCAAGGAACCACUUGUGAGGCUAUGCUGUGUACUCUUGUUGCAGCAAGAGACAGGACUUUAAGGCAACACGGGAGAGAAAAUAUUGGAAGGUUAGUCGUAUACUGUUCCGAUCAAACUCAUUGUGCAUUGCAAAAAGCUGCCAAAAUUGCCGGGAUCAGUCCCAAGAAUAUACGCUCAAUCGGAACAAGUUCAUCGACAAAUUUUCAGCUUUGUCCUACUCUACUGGAUAAAACAAUUUUAUCUGACGUGAAAAAUGGGCUAAUUCCAUUUUACCUGUGUGUCACUAUCGGAACAACCUCAUCAACCGCUGUUGAUCCGUUGGCACCUCUUUCUGAGGUGGGAAAGAAGUAUGCAUUAUGGGUUCAUGUUGAUGCUGCGUAUGCUGGAAGUGCGUGUAUUUGCCCCGAGUUUCGUCACUUUCUAGAUGGUGUCGAAAAUGUGGAUUCGUUUAGCCUUAAUGCGCAUAAGUGGUUUUUGACAACAUUGGAUUGUUGUUGUCUUUGGGUGAAGAACCCGAGUGCACUAAUACAAUCUCUAUCCACUGAUCCCGAGUACCUGAAGAAUGCCGCAAGUGAAUCGAACAAGGUGGUGGACUACAAAGACUGGCAGAUAAUGCUGAGCAGGCGAUUUCGCGCAUUAAAAUUAUGGUUUGUAUUAAGAAGCUAUGGAGUUGAUCAGCUGAGGGAGUUUAUAAGAGGGCAUGUUGAAAUGGCCAAGUAUUUUGAAGGGCUCGUAACAAUGAACAAGAGGUUUGAAGUUGUGGUGCCUAGGUAUUUUUCAAUGGUUUGCUUCAGGGUUUCGGUAGCUGCUGUGAUUAGUGCUGGUCUACAAAGUGAAGAUAUAAAUGAGGUAAACCGGAAGUUGUUGGAGUCGGUGAAUGAGUCGGGCCGGGUUUACAUGACUCAUGCGUUAUUGGGAGGGGUUUACGUGAUUAGGUUCGCCAUAGGAGCCACCCUGACUGAUUAUCGGCAUGUUAAGGCGGCCUGGAGAGUCGUACAAGAACAUGCAGAUGUUGUACUUGGACGUUGAAUAUACAUGCAUGCUAAUAGCAUCUGCAAUGGUUGGCACGAGGGUGUCAAUUUUGACACAUAACUUAAAAUAUUAUUUUUUAUAUUCAAACUCUUUCAAAUUAUU